AUGGAUUUAACAAUUCCGCCAAUUUUUCAACCGUUGAUCCAAACGAUUGUUGCUGUAUUAGCCUAUGUACUUAUAGUCUUGCCUUUGAACAUCAUUUUUUUUAUUUUGGAUGUUGGUAAAUAUUUGAUUAAUUUAUUUGGUAAUAAAUCAAGACAAGAAAUUCCAACUCCAAAAGUAGUUCUUAUUACUGGUGCAAGCACUGGUAUUGGUGCUGCUUUUGCAGUUGAAUAUGCGGCACCUGGAGUGACUUUAGGUUUAUUGGGUAGAAAUGAAGUACGAUUAAAUGAAGUAGCAGAACGUUGCAAAGAAAAAGGUGCAAAUUGUGUUUUAUUGAAAGUGGAUAUUUCAAACAUUGAAGAAUUGAAAAAAAGUUUAGAAAGCUUUGAUGAUUCCCAUCCAAUUGAAUUGCUGUUUUCAAAUGCAGCUCAAGCAGGUGCUACUAGAGAUAAUUUUGAUACUAUUUCACGGGAAGAUGGAUGGCAACGAAUAAUUGAUGUCAAUUACACCGGUAAUAUUGCUACUAUAAUGACAGUUUAUAAAAGAAUGAAAGGAAGAAGAUUUGGUCAAAUUGCAGUAACAUCAUCUGUAGUUGGCUUUUUCGGUAUGCCAGGUAACUGUUAUUAUAAUGCAACAAAAUCAGCAUUAACAACAUUUUCACAAGAUCUUCGUUACAUAGCAUCUUUUGAUAAUGUAAAAGUAUCUGUGAUAGUACCUGGAGCAAUAGACACGAAUAUGUUUCGAGCUGAUGUACCUUCUAAUAAAAUUCAUGGGGCUGCUGAUCCUAACGAUUUGGCCAAAAUCGUUAGAAAUCAGUUGAAUUCUGACACGUUUUGUAUUGGCUGGCCUUUCUAUCAAUAUUUAAUUUUUUGGGCUAUUUCAACUUUUCCUGUUAGAACGAAAUUGACUUUUUCUUGGAUUUUUGGAAAAUUGUUUCAAAAAAUUGUUGGGGGUCCCAUUACAUUGUAA